UGUGAUGUUUCUAUUUCUUAUAUGUUUGCUUAAAUAAAUAAAAUGUGAAUAUGUUUGAAAUUCUGGACAUGCAGCCAUUUUCAGCCACUACUCCGACUUACCAUGGAGGCAUCCUUGUCAAAGACCUGAACCACCUGAACACCAUUUAUUUCUGUCAUUUGUAUCUGUAGUCUCAUUCUUUCAGUCACUACCCGUGCUUAUGACCACAGGUGAGGAUGGGAUCAUAGAUCAACCACUAAAACUUCACUUUCACACUCAGCUGCUUCUUAACCAUGAGCCCCUGAAAUGAGACCCAGGAAGAGGGUGAUAGAUUGCCUGAAGCAGUUAGAACAGGACAGUGCCACUGACCGGACCCCAUACCACAGGCUAUACCCAGGGGAAUCUACACCAAGUCUGUAUGGUUUACUGAAGAUACAUAAACAGGGUGCACCUUUAAGACCGAUUGUCUGUAUGAUCAACUCAGUCACCUAUAACAUCUUAAAGUUUCUGGCUUCGAUUCUCAAUCUGUUGGUAUCUGAACACCACAUCCAGAACACCCUGGAGUUUGUUGAGAAGUCAAUGAAGCAGUGGAGGUAAUUCGUAAGAGAUUACAGGAUGACCCCAACCUCAGCAACAGGACCACUCUCAGCAUCGACCAAGUGUGUUUGAACUGUGUCUUCAUUCUACCCUGGAACACCAAGUCAUUGGUGGAUGACACCUGGGUGAAAAUCAAAUCUCAGGACGUUCCACAAUUCACUGAUCACAUUAACUUGGUGGAUCAAGACAUCAAAGGGAGGAUAUGAAAAGUGGCAGGUUAGCCUUCUUAGACUGUGAGAUUUCCAUCAGUAAUGGGGGACAUCUAAAAACUGAUGUGUACAGUAAACCUACACAUACGGAUCAGUAUUUAAGGUUUGACUCUCAUCAUCCACUGGAGCACAAACUGGGUGUCAUCAGGACGCUACAACACAGAGCGAACACCAUCCCCACUGACACAGCGGCCAGGGAGGCAGAAGAACAUCACAUCAAGAAGGCCCUGAGUAAAUGUGGUUAUCCCAGCUGGACUUUUGUCAAAGCUGGAAAGGCACCUAAAGAAAGCUCCAGCCGAUCCAGGAGAGAAGGACAACUGCUGCCUAAGCGAAAACCUGUAGUGAUCCCAUAUGUGUCAGGAGUAUCGGAGCAGUUGAGACGCAUUUUUUCUAAACACCGAGUCUCUGUGGCUUUUAAACCCCAAAACACGCUGCGCCAAAAAUCGGUCCACCCCAAGGAUCGGGUCCCCCGACACAAACAGAGUAACAUAGUGUACGCUGUUAAGUGCCAGGAGGAUUGGCAGGAUUUAUACAUCGGGGAAACCAAACAACCUCUGGCGAAGCCGAUGGCACAACACAGAAGAGCUACCUCGUCAGGCCAGGACUCUGCAGUCUAUUUACACCUACAGGCCAGUGGACACUCUUUCAAUGAUGAGGAUGUACACAUCCUGGACAGGGAGGAACGCUGGUUUGAGCGCCGAGUCAAGGAGGCCAUUUACGUGAAAAGGGAAAGACCAUCUCUGAAUCGAGGAGGGGGCCUAAGGGUACAUCUGUCACCAUCUUACAAUGCUGUGAUUGCAGCCAUUCCCCAACUCUGUGAAUGGUACUCAUGGUUAUUGAUCGGUGGUCAUGACAAUUUCCAUAUUAAUGAUCAAGGAGCUGACCUAACAGCGCAUUGUUCAUUCAGUGGGCUCGUUUUAGUCAUUGUGCAAGGGUCUGUUUACAAGGUUGUGGAAACCUGCAGUCAGCUGAGAUUGAAGAAGUCACUUGGAUCAGUGAUGAAUUGUUUCUCCCACUGAAAACGCUACGUGGAUGAUUGAUGAUUGCAUCCAUACGUUAUUUCAGAUGCUGCACCAAUCCAUCUAGCAGUAAAAAAAAAAAAAAAAAAAAAAAAAAAAAAAAAAGGAUUAUGGUAAUUACCAUGUGCCAGAAUGAGGACCCACACACCAGAUCUGCACUUUCUGGUAUCUUUUAUUUGUAAGGUUUUAUUUCCCACUUUAUCAUAGCACAAGCAGCAUUUGAGCUGCUCUUCUCUCACACAUACACACACACCCACACACACACACCCUCUGGUCCCGGCACCAACUUUAAAGGGGAGGUGUGUUUUGCUGAUGGAGAUCAGGUGUGUGUCAGCUUCCCCUAACACCACAUCCUGAAUCCACUGCUCCAGCCCUCCCCUGCAGCUGAGCCACAGACCGCACCCCACCACAUACCAAUAUUGUUAAUUAAGGGCAGCCGUGGUAUAAAUCACACUGUAUCUCAAACACCUCGAGGUGACUGUGAAUUAUCUCUUUAUAAAUGAGAUUUAAUUGAAUGAACUUCACUUGGUGAUGGUCUGAUAAAUUUGCUUAACAAACUCUACUCCACAGCAACUGAUUCUCAGUCUGAAUUGGCCACACUGCUGUUUCUAGCUGAAAAUCAUGGUAUUGGACUUAGAGGUGCUAAUUUUUAUCCACAUUGAUUCACAGUCAGCUGUAAACCGCCCUGGUGCAAGCUGCAGGUCACCACUCAGUAAGGCACAGGGUUUGAUAAUAAGUCUGCAUCUGCCUGAUGUGGUCAGGCUGAACCUGCUUCUAUCUGUGAAAUGCACAGGAUGCUAGUGGAGGACCUACCAUUUCUGGUAUUGUGUGGCAAAUGCUAAUUACGCUCCACAGUGCUGGGCAGUGAGCGUAGAGCCCACUAGAGGACGUCAGGCCCUCAGACCACCCUCAUGAAGUCUGUGAUUGUUUGGUCAUAGAAAUUCGCACCAGUGGCUUGCUAAAGGUCAUUUUGUAAGACUGCAGUGCUCAUCCUGUUCCUCCUUGGACAAAGGAGCAGACACCAGUCCUGCUGAUGGGUUAUGGACCUUCUACGGCCCUAUUUAACUCUCCUAGAGUAACUGCCUGUCUCCUGGAAUCUUCUCCAUGCUCUUGAGACUGCUGGGAAACCCAGCAAACCUUCUGCAAAUUGCAUGUAUUGAUAGACAUACUUGGGGAGUUGUACUACCUGUGCAAACUUAGUAGGGUCCAGGUAUUGCCUCAUGCAAUUAGUAGUGACACUGACCCCAGCCAAAUGUAAAACUAGUGAAAAAAAGACAGUCAGAGAAUAUGAGGAGGGAAACCUGUAAAACCAUUCAUUCAAACCAUUUGAGGGCUGUCUCAUUGUUGCCCCUUUACUGCACCAAAACAGCUGAUACUGAGUAACAACCCCCUCUGCUACUAAACUGACAAGUUCAAUAUUCUAGAAGUUUAACUGACUUGAUGUUGUAUUCUGAUUAAAAACUGUUUCUUUCUUUCUUUCUUUAUUUUUUGAGCAUUAUAGUAGUAUUCUCAUCCAGCUGUUAUGCUGAAGUCUGCAUAUGUAGAGUGUUGCAUUAACCACAGCGUGUCCUUGUGU